UUUUACGACUAUAUUUUUUUAACAUUUUCAUUCAAAGUAAUUUAAUCGAUGACUUCGAUUGGCUUGACGGCAGACUUAAAGACGCGCGUGUGUAAACAAUUAAGACAAAAGAUUACUUUUAGGUCAUCACUUUGGAAUUUGCAGCUUUUUUUUAAAUCACGACAAAAUAUUUUUAGAAGAAAAAAAGUUUUAUUUAAGUGGAGAGCAAUGAAAAAAAGUUUUCAAAAUAAUCAAGUUAAUUGCGUUACAGAAGUAGCAACAUCUCAAUAUGGCGAUUUAAACAACAACUGUUUUGAAAUAUCGAGUGAAAUGCAUGAAAAACUUAAAGAGAUACCGGAAAAAUAUUUUUAUUGCAACGAAGAGUCCGAUAGCGAACUGAAUCAUUUUGAUUCUCGCAAACAUUCAAAAGAAAACGAUUUUUUCAAAAAAUCAGAAGUUAUCGAAGAUUUUUCUACGUUGAGUAAAAUACUUCCAAAUGGUGCAAUAAUUUCUAUACCACGCAAUCGAAAAUUAGGAAGGCAAUCAUCAAAAUCAGAGUUUACUCCAUCACUAUCCUCUAAAAAAGCAAAUUCCGCCUUUAAGCGUCACCACCAGCUAUUAACAACUAAAUCUACCAAUACCGCUAGCUACCACCGAUCAUCAAAAAAAGAAAAAUCUUUGCAGAGACAAAAUGGAUUUAUUGAAGACUAUGAUAAAUGUUCAAAAAACCAAUCAGAAAAACAUAUUAACAAUAAGGAAGCUUUUAUUAUGAAUGAUAAUGUGCGCAAAAUAUCAAAAUCCGAAAACGACCUAGAUAAAAAGUUUUCAAAUCUUAUUUUAAUUGAAAAACGAAUUAGUCAUAUAAAACAAGAGUCCAGAGAUGACUUGGAAAUAUCAAAAUCAAAUGUUGACCCUGAUAAAGGGACAUGGACUGGACACAAAACAAUAUCCGAAGCAUAUAUUAACGAAAAUGAAAAUCAUUCGGUAUCUACUAAAAAAGUACCAAAGAAACCUAUAAAAUCUGAUUCGUUUAAAUAUAGCUCUCAAGAAAAUGAAACUAAAGUUAUAAAAAGAAAAAUCGGUGUUCUAGGUCAUAUGCCUUCUAUGAGAAAUGAAAUAACUAAAUUUCUUGUAAAUACUAAUAAAAAGAACAAAAGCAAGGACAAUGGUUCUUUACUUCGAAGUGCAGUUCGAAGUUUUGACAAAAAAAAGUUGAUGGAACUAUUAUCAAACGGGGCAACAGAUGUAAAUGAUGCUAGCUUAAAAGGAAUAACUGCACUUCACGAAGCUGCAGUCGAUGGAAACAUUUUAUUUAUUAAAAUUCUUCUUGAACAUGGUGCAGAUAUUUCAAAGUGUGAUAUAGAAGGCUUUAGUGCUCUUGAUUAUUCGGUACUAGCGGGUCAUUUUGAAUGUGCUGCUUAUUUAGUAAGUCAAGGAGCUCGAACAGACCGUAUACAAGAUGGAAUAUUAGAUGUCAAGAGCAGUACUUCAUCUCGUUUUCAAAAUUCGAGCUAUUAGUCGAAUUCUCAACAAUUUAAACUUUGAACUUUUAUUAUACAAAAACUGUUUUAAGUUGGAGGGGCUGUUAAAGUGUUAAUAAAUCAAAAGCCAUUUUCUGGUCAGAAUACAUGUUCAUGUUGCAUGAUUUAAUGGUUCACUGUAUUAUUAUAAUACAUGUAACACCAGGUAUCAAAACGUCAAAAGACUAUUUUUCUUUAAGCAAUGUUAACAAUGUUAAGGUUUAAUUUAACAUUGUUAAAGAUUAACUAUUUUUCUCUUUUUUUUUGACAACAGUUUAACCGUGUUAAAUUUUUAAUUGUAGCGCAUUUAUUGUCGCUUUUUAUGAAUAGUGUUAAUAUUUUGUAACUUAUAACUGUAUAUUAUAUACUAUAUAUUAAUGUUCUUUAUUAAAUGUAACGUUACUUAACGUAAUGUUAAUUAACUCUGUUACUUUGUGAUAGAUAAUGUAAAUUCUUGAUAUCUUUAUUAAAGAUAAUCAAAAUUAUUUUAAAAAAUUAA